AUGGUGAUGGCGUCGUUACGACGUUUGUCGACACAGAUGAACAGACACACCGUGCGGAGUGAAUAUCUCAUCAGUUGUGAUGGAGGGAGCAGCAGGGUACGCAAGAGAGCUGGGAUUAAGAUGAUUGGUGAACAGAUGCCAGCGCGCUUCUAUCUCGUCCACUUCCGCUCCCAAGAACUCGCAGAGAAACUCACCUUCGGACUGGGCAAGCUCCCGCCCGGCACCAAAAUCGAUCCCCGCGAGGUAGUCUACCGCAUAUUAGACGGCAAGUUCAAAAUCGAUGAGGUGCCCGUCCACAGCAAAUGGACACUAAACUUCAGUAUCGUCGAGCAGUAUCAUACAGACAGUCUCAGAGUCCUCCUUGCCGGCGAUGCAGCGCAUAGAAUUGCACGGCAUGGCGGCUACGGUAUGAACACUGGUGUCAUGGAUGCUCUUGAUCUUGGUUGCAGACUUGCAGCACUCCAUAAGGGGUAUGGGAAGGAGUUUCUUCUGUAA